AUGAUGAUGAUGAUCGUGCCAUCACGUGGCCUGCAAAAUGAAGCCAGGGCUUCUGUUGUACAGCCUCCGCCGAGACCUGUGAGCUUCCAGGAUUCCGAGAUUGACGAGGACACCGAUUCGACAGGCACGAAUUCUUGGACUCCUUCCCUCUCGAGGCAAAAGUGGGCUGUGCUCCCAAAAGCUGCUGCAAAGAGGUCCAAGAAGGCUCCUUCAACAACUCCUCCCGAGGUCUGCAAGCGGCCUCUGAUUGUAAGGCCUAGAAAGGAACCUUCUGAACCACCUAAAGGACGAUCGUCUCCCCCGCUGGUUGACAACGGCGCAAGAAUGGUGCUGAGACCACAGUCACGAAAAAAUUAUUCAGUGAAAGAAUAUGUCAAGAGCAUCAUGGAUGCAUUUUAUGCGCGGACAGCCAGUUUCAGCAUGCCGGGAUUGCAGCACCCCACUGGAGUGGCGGUGAACUACAGGCUGGCCCAUUUGGAGACCAGAAAGGAUAAUUCUAACUCAAAAGCAUUCUGA